UCCCCAUUUCAUCUAAAACCCUAAUUCUCUUCGAGACUCAACAGAGUCUUCUUCACUUCAACUCACACCUAGGGUUUUCAGAAAACCCAAAUCCCUUCAACAAUGUCGAUGUCUAAGAGUUCCAAGAUGCUUCAAUACAUCAACUACCGUAUGAGGGUAACAAUCCAAGACGGUCGUCAACUCGUCGGAAAGUUCAUGGCCUUCGAUCGCCACAUGAAUCUCGUCCUCGGUGACUGUGAAGAGUUUCGCAAGCUUCCUCCGGUGAAGGGGAAGAAAACGGCGGAUGGAGAGCGUGAAGACCGCCGGACGUUAGGGCUUGUUUUACUUCGUGGUGAAGAGGUUGUUUCGAUGACGGUUGAAGGUCCUCCUCCUCCUGAAGAGAGUAGGGCGAAGGGUGUUAAUGCUGCUGCGAUGGCGGGUCCGGGAAUUGGGAGGGCUGCUGGGAGAGGUGUUCCUCCGGCGCCGGUUAUUCAAGCUCAGCCUGGUUUGUCUGGUCCUGUUCGUGGUGUUGGUGGACCGGCUCCUGGAAUGAUGCAGCCGCAGAUCUCGCGGCCGCCACAGUUGUCUGCGCCACCUGUUUCAUAUCCUGGUGGUGCACCGGUUAUGCGUCCUCCUGGUCAGAUGCCGUAUCCUGGACAAGGUCCGCCUCCAAUGGCGAGGGGUCCUCCGCCACCUAUGCCGCCUGGACAAUUUCCUCAGAGACCAGGUGGUCCUCCGCCGCAAUUUUCUAUGCCGCCUCCUCAGUAUGGGCAGAGACCUAUGGGACCACCUCCUCCUGGACAGAUGUUAAGAGGGCCUCCUCCUCCACCUCGUCCUGGAAUGCAACAGCCGCCACGUCCCGGCAUGCCUCCUCCUCCUGGAAGUGGUGUUCCGGCGUAUGGUCCACCCCGGCCUGGCAUGCCUCCUCCACCAAAUGCUCCAAAUCAGCAACAGCAAAAUUGAUUGGGUUGCAGUUUCUCUAAAACCCCUUCAAUAUAGCUAAUGGCUGCUUCUUUCUCAGGAUUCAGUUGAAACACCACCAUAGCAAAAUGUGCUAGCUUGAGAAGGUUGAUUUUAGUCUUGAUGUCUGUGAUGAAAUCAUUAUGAAAAUUUAUCAGAUCAUCACUGGCCUAAAUGAUAAUAACCAGUCUAACUAAUAAAUUAUAAACCAUGAUAAAAUGAGCAAAUAAUCACUUGAUUUGAGUACUAGUGAAAACCUUCAUGGCUGUAGUAUAGCUGUACCUAAGUUGAUUGUUUACAUCCUACAUCUUGAACUUUUUUGUUUUUCUUCAUAUUGUAGCAGGUUUAAUUUU